AUGACGCUGGCCUCCAUGGAUGGCAGGGCCAUACCCAGCGACGCUGCCAUUGAUGAGCACGGGCUGCCCACGACUGAUGCUGCAGCUGGCCUUCGGGGAGCCCAGUUGCCUUUUGCCGGUCACAAGGGCACCUGUCUUGCCUUGAUGAUCGAGCUGUUGGCAGCGAGCUUUACAGGUGAUGCAUUCGCUUAUGAAGUCCGUGACGAUCCAGCUACCGGGCCAACUCAGCAUGGAGAGUUUAUCCUGGCAGUUGAUCCCGAGACGUGCUCGAAAGCAGGCGGGCGUGCUGCCUUCCUGGACAGGGUAGAGGUCAGAUGGCCCACGAGUGCAGGAUGUGCCCCUUUUGCGGUUCGUGCGUUUGUGUUGCAUGUGCCUCGAUGUUUCAUGGUUGAGAGAGGCACAGGCUGA